CCCAAGGGGCGCGUGCGCACUAAGGCAACCGGAAAGGCUUCGGGGACGGCCGCGGCACUUAGGGAGCGUCUGCAAAGACCAAGAAAGGAAGCCAGGGGUCGUCUGACAAGACCCCCGCUGAGGGUCGAGGGGGCGGGACUGCUUGGAGCGUCGAGUGACGUCAGCAGGCCUGGCAGCCAGAAGCGUGACGGACGAGGCUCGCGACUGAGGAGCUGUUAGCCGGCGCCGCAGCGAUAGUCGCUGUAAACAGAGCCUCGCCCCUGCGGGUCCUGCGACAGCUCCUGGCUGGAUUGAGAAAGGUUUAUGUUCCCGAUACCCUGGGAGCUGUCAUAGCUAAAGAGAAGGAAAUCUCAGUCUCCUGGAGGGGUCACCCCACUAAAGAUAGCUUCUGCCCCGUUUCUGGAAACCCUGGUAUUUCUACAGCAGGCUUUGCUUUCACCAAACCCAAGUUGGAGACAGGAGCAGCCCCUGCGCAGGACAUAAGGAUGCUGUAACCAGAAGAUGGGAUCUCGGAACAGCAGCAGCGCCGGAUCCGGGUCCUUAGAACCCUCUGAGGGCUUGUCCCGAAGAGGGACUGGCCUGCGUCGUAGUGAGGAAGAGGAAGAAGAGGAUGAAGAUGUGGAUCUGGCCCAGGUACUGGCCUAUCUCCUCCGCAGAGGCCAAGUGAGACUGGUGCAAGGAAGAGGUGCAGCAAAUUUACAGCUCAUCCAGGCCCUCUCGGACUCAGAGGAAGAGCAUGACAGUGCCUGGGAUGGUCGCCUUGGAGAUCGAUACAACCCACCCGUGGAUGCGACCCCCGACACCGGGGAGCUGGAAUACAAUGAGAUCAAGACACAGGUGGGAUUGGCCACGGGACAGCUGGGACUUCGGAGGACUGCGCAGCAGCAGAGUUUUCCUCGGAUGUUACACCAGAGAGAACGGGGCCUCUGCCACCGGGGAAGCUUCUCCCUUGGAGAACAGUCUCGAGUGAUGUCUCACUUCUUGCCCAAUGAUCUAAGCUUCACUGAUACCUACUCUCAGAAAGCUUUCUGCGGCAUCUACAGCAAAGAUGGUCAAAUCUUCAUGUCUGCUUGCCAAGAUCAGACAAUCCGACUGUACGACUGUCGGUAUGGCCGCUUCCACAAGUUCAAAAGCAUCAAGGCUCGGGAUGUAGGCUGGAGUGUCCUGGACGUGGCCUUCACUCCUGAUGGAAACCACUUCCUGUACUCCAGCUGGUCUGAUUACAUUCAUAUCUGCAACAUCUAUGGGGAAGGAGACACACAUACUGCCCUGGAUUUAAGGCCAGAUGAACGUCGCUUUGCUGUCUUCUCCAUCGCCGUCUCCUCAGAUGGACGAGAAGUACUAGGAGGAGCCAAUGAUGGCUGCCUAUAUGUCUUUGACCGAGAACAAAACAGGCGUACUCUUCAGAUCGAGUCUCAUGAGGACGAUGUGAAUGCAGUGGCCUUUGCUGACAUAAGCUCCCAAAUCCUGUUCUCUGGGGGAGACGAUGCCAUCUGCAAAGUGUGGGAUCGACGAACCAUGAGGGAGGAUGAUCCCAAGCCUGUGGGUGCACUGGCCGGACACCAGGAUGGCAUCACCUUUAUUGACAGCAAGGGUGAUGCCCGGUACCUCAUCUCCAACUCCAAAGAUCAGACCAUUAAGCUUUGGGAUAUCAGGCGCUUUUCCAGCCGAGAAGGCAUGGAAGCAUCACGACUGGCUGCCACACAGCAAAACUGGGACUAUCGCUGGCAGCAGGUGCCCAAGAUCGCCUGGAAGAAGUUGAAGCUCCCAGGUGACAGCUCCUUGAUGACCUACAGAGGCCAUGGAGUGCUUCACACUCUGAUCCGAUGCCGAUUCUCCCCAGCCCACAGCACCGGCCAGCAGUUCAUCUACAGUGGCUGCUCUACUGGCAAAGUGGUUGUAUAUGACCUCUUAAGCGGCCACAUUGUUAAGAAGCUGACCAAUCACAAGGCCUGUGUGCGUGAUGUCAGUUGGCAUCCCUUUGAAGAAAAGAUCGUCAGCAGUUCGUGGGAUGGGAACCUACGUCUGUGGCAGUACCGCCAAGCUGAGUACUUCCAGGAUGACAUGCCAGAGUCUGACAUGAACAGAGUCUGUUCCAGUGGCCCUACUCCAGUGCCCUGCCCAUCUGUGGCCUUUUCCUCACCUCAGUAGAUCUGACCUCCAGUUCUGUGUAGGGUGAAUUCUCAGCAUAUUCUCUGCCUCCUCCUCCCUUCCCCCUUCUGGGGAGUAUGUGGAGGAAAUGCUGACACUGGGUGAGAAACAGAAACCCAGGGUCUGGGCCCAGGCUGAGCCUGGACUGACCACCCCCAAACUGGGCCAAGUGGUUUCCUCGUGCAUUCAUACCCAGUCUGCUUGGAUUUCGAUCUCUAGCCAGAGUUUGGCAGGGCAUCCAUUACCUGGGGUGCAGCUUCUGGCUACAAGAGUCUUGAGUGUGUUUAAUCAUGUUCUGAUGUUAGAUAUUGGCUCAUAGUGUAGACACUUGAGGUCUGAAUGGACCCAUUAGCAGUACACUUUGCCCAGGUCUUCACACUGAGAGUUAGAUUGGUGGCCAUCAGGGCCAAGUAUACUGAGACCUUUCUUUCUGAGGUCUUCGAGGGUGGACAGGAUGGGCAGGGAGGUGUUUGCCUCAGCACCCUCCUGGGGUGAGAACUAUGUCUGCUCUCAUGCUUGGACUUUGAAGUGAAGAGACUGGUCUGAGAGGUAUGGGUCUCAGAUGUGGCCCUACUCGCCGUUGGAUCCUAUCAUUGCUGGUGGCCAGCAGCUUCAACAAAAGGAUAAAGCAGGACUUCUUUCACCUUCUCACUGGCUGUGGCUCUCCCAAUAAACUGUCUGUGGGAAACUGGC